AGAAGCUUCACCUUCUUCUUCUUCUUCUUCAAGAAGAAGAAACCCUAGAAAGAAAGAAAAAAACUAAUCAUCUCCAGCCGUCAUCCUCGUCUUCAAGUCGCCAAACGACUUCUUCUCCUCCAUAAACGUUGUUUCUUUUCCCUCACGAAACAGCCAUGACCGUUGCUCCUUCUCCUUUCGCGAAACAGCCAUGGACGACCAAACAAGCUCAGCUGCUCGCCUACGACGAGCAACAACCAUCACUGCCACCUCCAGCUGCUCGACGCCUCACCACCACCCCGUUGUUGCUCCUCACGUCGACCACUGCCCAAUGCCAGUCCAGCCACCCCGCUGUUGCUCCUCACCAAACCCCACUGCCCUGUCGACCACUG